AUGACAACGAGUGAAAAUCAAGCGUUUAUGCAUCCAAAACUUUAUCAGAUUCGUGGUGCACAAUAUUCUAAACAAAGUAAAACAACGACUUUUCGAGUGUAUGCGCCGAAUGCACGAUCUGUGUCUGUCACUCUGACAUCAUUCGGCAGAGAAAUUUCCAGACUACCCAUGCACAAAACUGCCUCAGAUCUUUGGGAAACUGUCACUGAUAAAAUAUCACCUGGUUGUACAUAUCUCUAUCUUGUAGAAAACUGGGACGGUAAACAAAUGUUACGAACGGAUCCAGUGAGUUUUUCUGUUAUUUACAUUCCCGAAAUCAAUCAAGUACAUUCGCUUGUCCACGAUCAAACGGUUUAUCAAUGGGGCGAUCAACGGUGGAUGGAACAGCGCGUGCAAAUUGAUCCGUUACGAUCACCAUUGUCUAUCUAUGAGCUUCAACCGAAAUCGUGGAAAACUGAUGCAUAUCAUCCAUUGAAUUAUCGUCAAUUGGCUCCUGAACUAGCAAUGUACUGUCAAAAAAUUGGAUUUACUCAUGUGGAAAUAUUUGGUGUACUCGAUCAUGCCUAUCAGCUGGCACGUGGCUAUCAAGUGGCCAACUAUUUUGCUCCCUAUCGUGAUAAUGGCACAUGUGAUGAUCUGAAAUAUUUCGUAGAUCAUUUACAUCAGAAUAAUAUAGGAGUAAUUCUCGACUGGAUUCCAACUCAUUUCCAACAUUGUCAUCAAUCGGAUUCGUUCUCGAUUUCUCUGCACGAAUUUGAUGGAUCCAACUUGUAUGCUGAUAAAGCGUCAAGUUGGGGAACGCUCUAUUUUGAUUAUAACAAAGAAGAAACCUGUCGAUUGUUAUUUGCCAGCGCACUCUAUUUCCUCGACGUUAUGCAUAUCGAUGGAGUCCGUUUUGAUGCGGUCAGUACGAUGAUUCGACGGGAUUCGAAGGACAUUCCAGCAGCCAUUGAAUUCCUGCGUAAUCUCAAUCAAACUAUUCAUCGAUGUUAUCCUGGUGUUCUAUGCAUUGCAGAAGAAACAGAUGGAUAUCGAAAUUUGACGAAGAAUAUGAAUUUUGAUUUAAAAUGGAAUAUCGGCUGGAGUUUCAAUGCUCGGAAUCUCUUGCGCACGCCUUAUCAUGAAAGACCCAAUCAUUGGCAGCAACAAGUUCUCAGUACACUCUAUUCAGCGCAAAAAAGUGAAGAUAAAACGAUUCUUACGCUCAGUCAUGACGAUACGGAUUCCGGUGAGCACAAUAGUGAUAAAAUCCUAUUGAGAUGUGUGUCACACGGUCGAAAUAAUUUUGAGAAAUUUUCCGAUCUUCGAAACUUCUUUGCCUGGCAAACAUUGGCACCAAGUCGUGGUCACAUGAUUCACAUGGGUGAUGAAAUUGUUCAGCCUAUGUCAUGGUACCAACGCUUUCGUCAAGGUCAAUCUAGUAUGGAUUGGUCCUUGGUUAAAUCUUCCUCACUACAUGAAAAAACUCAAGAAUAUAUUGCUGAUCUUAACAGGCUCUAUCGACACCAUCCCCAGUUUUGGCGCAACGGCGAACAAGAUUUUAUGAUGAUCUAUGAAUAUGGGCCUAAUCUAAUUGUAGCUUAUCAUCGAGGUACAUCUGACAACAGGCGUAUGGCCAUCAUUCAUAAUUUUUCCAAUCGAGGAUAUCCAUCUUAUGAUGUGUCAUUACCGCGCUGGGAUCCUGAUGUGAAUCGUAUUCAGAAGACAGAGGAAAUUUUCAAUUCCGACAAUCCAAUAUACGGCGGAUCAGGAUCAUUUCAGAAUCAACAAAUAGAAAUGAUUAACACAUCCACUGGUGAAGUAUCAUUCAGAUUGGCCAUACCACCUCUCGCUACUCUUGUCCUCGAAGAGCAUUUAAGUUGA